UUGUCGAGGACGAUAUGAACACCUACGCGAGGCUGCAGCGCUACGAGAUGAUCGAUUCCGAGGGUUACGGUUCGGCCAGCAGCCCCGAAUCAACGAAUCCGCGAAGUUGUUGGCCGGCCCCGGAAUCCCUGGUGCUUGGUUACCCGCAGCCACCGAGGUCCAGAGGAAGCAGCUGCGACAGCAUCAGUUCGGUCGACAGUCAGCAUAACAACGAUUACCAAGAGCUGACCGCCUUUACGGUUGGCGAUAAUUUCCCGGUUAAUCCGUCGCUGUGCGGUGCUGCGAAUUUCGAGGCGAACUGCGCGAGCAGCCUCGCCGAGAUCAGUUUGUACAAGGGUUACAAUACCGAUCGUCAGAACGAUUACUGCAAAGAAAUCGGCAACGGUAAAUCCGAAAAUCAAAGUCAGCAGCAGCAGCAGCAGAAUUUUCAAGAAAACAGCGCCGGCUUUUCGUCCCAAAGAAAUUUCCCCGGUUGCGGUGAAGUUCAGUACCAACAAAAAUCGGCGGAUAGCGUUUACCUGACUCUCGACGGUAUCUACAACAACAACAAUAACAACAAUAACAACAACAACGCUGGAAGAACAGUGACAACCGCGUCACCCUACACCGAAGGUACAAUCAAAUGUGCGGGGGAACAGUUUUCGCAAAAAAUCGGUACCGCGCUUUACGGAAGCAAUUUCGGACGAAGUUCAAACGUCUUAUACGCCGGCGUAGAGACUCGCGUUCACGAUCAGAUCCAGUGCGUGGAGUUGAACAAUCCGAGCUCGAAGACAUCGGACAUCGAAGGUGUUCAAGUGCCGAUGAAAAUCGGCGAUCAUCGUCAUCGUCAUCAAACUCACCAUCACAACCACAAUCGCCUUCGUAAUCAUCACCCGCACGAGCAGUUCUCAACGACGAGAUACGAGGAGGGUGAUUUUCGCAUAGAAUUCGAGGACGACGAGCUUAUUAACGAGAAGGACAAUUUGCAUAAACUAAAAUCCGGCGCGCCGGGAGUCGAGGUGUUGAAAAAACGUCGUCUAGCCGCGAACGCUAGGGAGAGGAGGAGGAUGAACAGUCUGAACGACGCCUUUGACAGACUUAGGGACGUUGUGCCCAGCCUGGGUAACGACAGGAAACUCAGCAAGUUCGAAACACUGCAAAUGGCUCAGACCUACAUAUCAGCCCUCUACGAAUUACUUCAGCGCGAAUAGACACGUUGAAUUUAUAAUUCUUCUAACAAGAGUA